GUUGAUGGCCCACCUAAAAACAUUCUGAUUAAAGGCCCCACAGCCGAGAUGAUAAGGUCAAAUUUCAGAUCUACAGAAACACCAGAUGUGCCCCACCUAGCAUUGUUAGUAGAACCCACGUCAGUGGCCCAAUGGCACCCCAGCACGACACAUAAUCCCAAACAAUCACAUCACGACAAACCCCACACCCCUUUUAAAGCCAUUCCCCUUCCUGUGGGGUCGACGGUCCAUCCCCACAUUCCCACCUUCCUCCGCUCUUUCCCCCAAACCCUAAAUUCCCUCCGCCUUUGAACGGUUGUUAAACCCUAAUCUCUCUCCGCCACGUCCAUGGCCUCCGAAAUGGCUCUCUACAACUUCUCUUCGCCGGACCAAAGCAACCAGAAAGCUAACCCUUCCUCCAAGUCUCAUCUUCCUCUCUCUCGAAAAUCGACUUCUGCUCUCUCCAAAGACCGCCACACCAAGGUAAACGGCCGGGGCCGUCGGGUUAGGAUGCCGGCUCUUUGUGCUGCCAGGAUCUUCCAAUUGACUCGAGAACUUGGCCAUCGCUCUGACGGCGAGACCAUCGAGUGGUUGCUCCGCCAGGCCGAGCCUUCCAUCAUCGCUGCUACUGGGUCAGGCACUGUCCCAGCCACUCACGAUGUGUCGUCUUCGGCGGGUUCGACCUCCAGCUUCUUAACUUCGUCCGAGCCAUGCCGGGUGCAUCCGAUGAGCGGUGUUGCUACUUCAGCUAUGCCUGUGUUUGCGAUGCCGCCUCAGCCAAGCUGUCGUCUGGACCUGUGCCAGCCGAUCACCUUGCAGUAUCCUGGUGAAGCAGGAAAUGGGUAUCGGCACAUGCCGUUUACGGCUUUAUUAUUGCAGCCUACUGUCGGAGCGUCGAGGGAAGAUCAAGAGAGGAGGCAGCAGGAACGGGAAACUAGAGAAUAAAAAUCAUGAAUAGUAUAAAUAUGUGAAUGGAGAAAUGAAAUGGCUUUUUAUUU